AUGGCUCUCGCGGGCCCCGGCCCUUGCCUGCCUCGGCUGACCCCCGGUCCCACCGCGCAUCCGCUGCUGCUGCUGCUGAUACUGCUGCUACUGCCGCCACUGCAACUCCUGGUGUCUGCCCAUCCCCAGAGCCUGCCCCAAGGAAAGGGGGAUCCCGCCCCUGGGGGAGGUUCAUCCGGGGAGGAUGAUCCCCCAGGAGAGGAAGACCUGCCCAGUGAGGAGGACCCACCAGGGCAGGAAGAUUCCCUGGAGGUGGAGAGGACACCAACUGAGAACUCCCUGAAGCCGGAGGACCGACCCACCGCGAGAGCUCCUGUGCAUACCCAUGGUCCCCCGAAUAAUGCCCACAGAGGCAGAAAAGGGGAGGAUCACAGCCACUGGCGCUACGGAGGCAACCCGCCCUGGCCCCAGGUGUCGCCUGCCUGCGCCGGCCGCUUCCAAUCCCCGGUAAACAUCCGCCCCGAGCUCACCGCCUUCUGCCCGGCCCUGCGACCCCUGGAACUCCUGGGCUUUGAGCUCCCGCGGCUCCCUGAGCUGCGCCUGAGCAACAAUGGUCACACGGUGCAGCUGACUCUGCCCCCGGGACUGCAAUUGGCCCUGGCUCCUGGCCGGGAGUACCGGGCCCUGCAACUGCACCUGCACUGGGGGUCCGCGGACCGCCCCGGCUCGGAACACACCGUGGACGGCCACCGUUUCCCUGCGGAGAUCCACGUGGUCCACAUGAGCACCUCGUUCACCGAGAUGGGCCAGGCCUUGGGACGCCCGGGAGGCCUGGCAGUGCUGGCUGCCUUUCUGCAGGAGGGUCCGGAAGAAAACAGCGCCUAUGAGCAGCUGCUGUCACAUUUGGGAGAGAUCCCCGAGGAAGGCUCAGAGACUUGGAUCCCAGGACUGGAUGUGUCUGCGCUGUUGCCCUCCGAUCUCAGCCGCUACUUCCGCUAUGAGGGGUCUCUGACCACACCCCCCUGCUCCCAGGGGGUCAUUUGGACUGUGUUUAACCAGACAGUGAAACUGAGUGCAAAACAGCUCCACACCCUCUCCGGCUCCCUCUGGGGACCUGGUGACUCUCGGCUGCAGCUGAACUUCCGUGCAGCGCAACCUUUGGAUGGACGAAUGAUCGAGGCCUCCUUUCCCACUAACGGAGAUGGCAGCCCCGAACCAGUCCACCUGCACUCCUGCCUUGCCGCUGGGGACAUCCUGGCCUUGGUUUUUGGCUUCCUCUUUGCUGCCACCAGCAUCGCCUUCCUCGUGCAGAUGAAAAAGCACAGUGACAGAAUAGAGACUAAAGCAGGUGUCAGCUACCACCCUGCAGAGAUGGCAGAGACUGGAGCCUAGUGGCCCGGAGCCUUGGAGAAAACAGAAGCAUAGACGGCUGGAGGAGACUCGCGUGGACUUAUCAUGCCCCUUAUACCACUUCCUUUUUGCCCUCCAAAGAACUUUUUUAAAAAUAAAUAUUUGUAAGAAAACA